CAUAGCCACAGCUCAUAAAAAAAGGGCACAGCUCCAAUGAUAACCCUCACUCAGCAUGAAGACUGGUUGACAGUGCAUUAUUUCUUCAUUAUAACUUUGACCACUAGUAAAUACUGGGUAAGCGGCACAGCAUAACUGCUGGUUAACCUCACCACGACAUAGGAGCUACGUAACGUAAGCUGGAACUGGAGCCGGAGUUUGGAAAGCUGAAUACAGAGUUGCGAAUUGAUAUAUGAAGCCCAUCGUGUCCUUCCGUAUUAACUGUCGUGUAAGUCUAGUACUACUACUCCUACUACCACCACUUCUCGCCUAGUCUCGGGGCAUACUAAUAGAGUCAUGACAGUUUCACUGAGACUUCUUGCCCUCGCUUCCGCCUUCGCUUAUAGCGAUGCCUUUCCAGGGAAUUCAAAAACAACUGGUAGACAUGACCCGGUAGCAGCAGCUUGCAAGGCAGCCCCCGGUUCUCCAGAUUGGCCUUCCGCCGAUACCUGGGCCCAGUUCAACCAGUCUACCGGAGGAAAGCUUCUUCGAGCAGCGCCUCCAGGAGCCAUAUGCCAUCCCAAGGAACCGACCUAUAACGCGGCCCAAUGCGCAACUAUCUCUCAAGAAUGGCUCACCUACGACUUUGCCCAGGAUGACCCGGUCUCAAACAUGUGGAAUCAGUAUAAUAAUGAUACUUGUCUUCCAGAUCCGAAUGCUCCGUGCAGUCCAGACGGGUAUCCUGCAUAUGUCGUGAACGCGACUACGGCUCGGGAUAUUAAGCUGAGUGUAGACUUUGCGCGGACGCACAACGUUCGGAUAAUAGUGAAAAGCACGGGACACGAUUACCAGGGCAGGUCACAAGCCCCGGGAGCCCUCUCGAUAUGGACCCACCACAUGCAGGACCUGGAGACGCACGCAUUGUUCCAGCCGCGAGGGUGCGACUUCACGAUCAAUCACACGGCUGCAACCGUGGGACCCGGAUCUCAGCUUGGGAGCCUAUACGAGGAGCUCGGCAAGAUUGGCCAGAUCAUAGUGGGUGGUGACGCCCGAUCUGUUAGUGUCGGCGGUUAUCUCACGGGGGGUGGUCACUCUAUCCUCGCGCCCAAAUACGGACUUGCCGCAGACCAGAUCCUAGAGAUGGAAGUCGUGACACCUGCGGGGGAUAUCGUCGUGGCGAAUGAGUGCCGGAAUCAGGACUUAUUCUGGGCCAUGCGAGGUGGAGGUGGUUCGACCUUCGGAGUUAUGAGUUCAGUUACAUUAAUGACAUAUCCCUCGCCAAAGGUUGUAUCAGCGACGGUAAUGAUCAUGAGUCCCAAAGUCAAUGCGCCGUACUAUGCGGACCUUGCGGGGUAUCUGCUCUCGCAGUUCCCUUACCUGGACUCCAAGGGUGUGUCGGGUUACAGCGUGGUUUCCGGUAACUUCUCGUACCCCGGUGUAUCCAUAGGCGGGACCGGUAUGGGCGGGUUCUUCCUCUUGACGGAUACACAGGACGAAAACGACAUGGUUAAUAUAUGGGCGCCAAUCAUCGAGCACGUCAACAAGACCUGGCCGGAAGUAACUCCGACGAUAGCAACACAAACCUACACUCGGCUGCAGGACUGGUUUGAAACCCAUUACGAUUCGGGCAGCGCGGGAACGGAUAUGUGGCUCGGCUCUCACCUCUUGGACGCCGAGACCCUAGCCAAGAAAGCGAUCGCGGUGGGCGAAGCUUUCAAGGACUUCCAGGCCGAAGUCUUCCUCGUAGCCGGCCAAGGAGUCAAGAAUGCCAAGCCGAGGGGAGGCAGCGAUUCUGUGAAUCCGUCGUGGAGGAAGGCUAUUGCCCAUGCUCUCACCAGCGUGCAAUUUCAGCCAUUAAACCAAACCGCCAAGGUAGAAGCCCUUGCUAAAGUCAACGCUAAGAUAGAACCACUCAGACGAUUAGCACCUGAGAUGGGAUCCUACUUGAACGAGAACAACCCCGGAGUGCCGAACUGGCAACGAAGCUUCUGGGGCGACAACUACGACCGCCUGCUGCGGAUCAAGCGAGCCGUAGAUCCGAACGAUGUCUUCUGGUGCCACCCCUGCGUGGGCAACGAUCGCUGGGAGGAAGUCGGUUACCAAUUAUGCCGUGUCGAUUAACUUGGGAAAAGAAAGUAGAUUGUUUUUUUUUUCUUCAUAGAUUAUAUUAGGCACAUACACACCUCCUAGGUACCUAUUCUAUCUGAAGACAUAUAGCAGAUACCUAAUGUUAAUCCACA